UUAUACCAUUAACUAAAAUCCUGCUGAUAAAGGAUACAUGGAUUGUUCUACUUCUCAUGAUUUUGGUGAAAUAACAAAUGUAACAUCAAAUACAUUUGGAAAAACAGUUAAGCCAGGACAAAACUACAUUAUCAGAGGAAUCAUAAAAUUAAAGAAAGAAUUGAAAUGGGGUACGCUCCAUCAAACAAUGACACAUCAAUUCAAAAAUAUCAUAAAUCUUGCUAUUGAAGACGCCAAGUAUAAUCUUUGUGAUAUUAUAUCUUCUCUGACUGCUACUGGUGAGUCUGGUGUGUACUGCCCAUUGAAACCUGGAAUAUAUCAUGGAUUAUACAAUAGCACAAUUCCAUCACUACUACUCCUCUGGCCAGUCAGUAACAAUACAUUAUUUAAAAUAAUUAUUCUGAUUCAUAGGGCAAGUAUUGCAUUAAAGUCAUUGCUUAUGAUGAGAAUAACAAUGAAAUAUUUUGUGCAAUGGCAGAAUUUAAUAUUGAAAAAUAACAAAUCAUAACGUAAUAGUUAUUAUACAGUGUGUGAAAUAAAGU